CACAGAUAAUACAUCUUUGUUAGGAGAAAGAUUGGACUCUGUCUUCUCCUGGCCACCGUACUACCUGCUGAGUGGGGUCUAGAAAAGUCGACCAACGCCUGGUAACAUUUCCAACAUGGCAACAACAGCGUUAAGAUCCGUUCUGAAGGCAAAGGUCCCGCUAAGAGCUAGCCGCAUGUGCUACUCCUCCUCUGUGCCCACAACCAAGCUGUUUAUUGAUGGGAAGUUUGUUGAAUCCAAGAGCACAGAAUGGCUGGAUAUUCACAAUCCUGCUACCAACGAGGUGAUCUCCCGUGUCCCCAAAGCCACCCAGGAGGAGAUGCUGGCUGCCGUAGACUCCUGUUCCAGAGCCUUUGCCUCCUGGUCUGAGACCUCCAUCUUGGCCCGGCAGCAGGUCUUCCUGCGCUAUCAGCAGCUUAUCAAGGACAACAUCAAAGAACUUGCAAAGUCCAUCACAGUGGAGCAGGGCAAGACCCUCGCAGACGCAGAGGGGGAUGUGUUCAGAGGAUUGCAGGUUGUGGAGCACGCCUGCAGCAUCACCUCUCUGAUGCUCGGUGAGACUCUGCCCUCAAUCACAAAGGACAUGGACACCUACACAUACCGCCUGCCCCUUGGGGUCUGCGCCGGCAUCGCCCCCUUCAACUUCCCUGCUAUGAUUCCUCUGUGGAUGUUCCCUAUGGGCAUGGUGUGUGGCAACACCUACCUGCUGAAGCCUUCAGAGCGAGUCCCGACCUGCGCCAUGCUUCUGGCGAAGAUGCUGCAGGACGCUGGUGCUCCAGAUGGGACGCUGAACAUCAUCCAUGGCCAACAUGAUGCUGUGAACUUCAUUUGCGACCAUCCAACUAUCAAAGCCAUUAGCUUUGUUGGCUCCAAUCAAGCUGGGGAGUAUAUCUACGAGAGGGGAUCUAAAAAAGGCAAGAGGGUCCAGUCCAAUAUGGGAGCCAAGAACCACGGUGUGGUGAUGCCUGAUGCAAACAAGGAGAACACUUUGAACCAGCUUGUGGGUGCAGCGUUUGGCGCAGCGGGACAGCGUUGCAUGGCUCUGUCCACGGCCAUCCUGGUGGGCGAGGCUCGGAGCUGGCUGCCGGAGUUGGUGGAACGAGCCAAGGCCCUGCGAGUGAAUGCAGGAGACCAGCCUGGGGCAGACGUGGGGCCCCUGAUCUCUCCGCAGGCCAAGGAGAGAGUGUGCAGUUUGAUCCAGAGUGGAGUGGACCAGGGAGCUAAGCUGCUGCUGGAUGGCCGAAGCGUCAAUGUCAAGGGUUAUGAGAACGGCAACUUUGUUGGUCCCACAAUCAUUGGCAGUGUCACACCUGAAAUGAAGUGCUACACAGAGGAGAUCUUCGGGCCUGUUUUGGUCGUCCUCGAGGCAGAGACUCUGGAUGAUGCCAUCAGUUUGGUCAACAAGAACGUCUAUGGCAACGGAACAGCUAUCUUCACCACAAAUGGCGCCACUGCACGCAAAUACACUCACGAGGUGGACGUGGGCCAGGUGGGAGUCAAUGUUCCCAUCCCGGUUCCACUGCCCAUGUUCUCUUUCACCGGAUCAAGAGGAUCCUUCAGAGGAGACAUGAACUUCUACGGAAAACAAGGAAUCCAGUUCUACACUCAGAUUAAAACAGUAACCUCACAGUGGAAAGCAGAAGACGCCACUUUGAAGAGUCCUGCAGUAACAAUGCCAACAAUGGGACGCUAAAUACUCCAUCUAAGAGCUCCUUUUGACCUGGACGCCCUUGUUCUAGAUAUAAAACAGAGUAUUAUUUUCACUGUGAAUAGUUUCUAACUGAAAUAAUUAGCUUUAAAGACUUGAUAUUGGAGUUCUAUGUGAAGAUACUUUUUAAAUAAAGCACUGUUGCCAAGAAAUAUGCAAAAGAUCUGUACAGCUGAGACAGUGCAUUAAAACCAAUGUCAUUACCUUGAAUACA